AGUGUGUACUCGCUCUCAGAUCUCGCGUGUACACUCAAAAACGGAUAUGAACGAUUCGGCAAGAUUUUUGACUUCGGAGGAAACAUAAGCCACCUAGGAUUAAUAUAGGCCUAUCGAGGAUAAACCAAAUCAGCUGCGUUUCAGAAAUCGAUCGAGGUAAAUGGGGAAAAUACUGUUUUUCUUGCUGUGUCUGUCAAGGUUUGUUGGAGUUGUGAGUAGCCUGCUCUAUGUGGGGCCGGAUCUUGACUUUGGACAGGGUGCCCAGAGUAGCGGGGCGGGGUACUACAUGUUGGACGGGGUCACUCUCCCGUCUGGGACCAUCAUGCGACUGGAGUUCUUUGUUGACCGUAGCAUUUCGUGGUCACCAUUCACACUAACCAUAUUCCGUCCGAUUGGAGACUCGUCCACCACGACACAGUACCGGAUCGUGGGGAUCUACCCUAUUACAGCACAGCCUUCUGUCGAAACGGGGAUUACCGGGCAAAACUUCAACAGUGCUGACUACAUAGUUGUGAGUGCGGGCGAUCAUCUUGCCUUUUACAACAGCCUCCAGGCCGUGUCCAUCACGGCUCAGUUUAACGGCACUGCCAGUCUGAGCACCCGGUUCUCCGUCCCAUCCAACCCUGUCCCGGCCGUCGGGGAAACCAUCACUAUUGACAGGGUGGGGCUGGGUCCCACAUUCUACUCGCUACGGGUGAUGAUGGAUGAAUCCAACAAUGCAGUGACCACGUGCCAGGGAGGAGGCUUCAGCGUGUGCAACCAGCUGUGUACUGAUGACGUCACAGGAUACUACUGCAGCUGUGACGCCCUCUACCAACUGGACCCCACAGAUAAUGCCACGUGUGUGGCCAUACCACGCACAUGUGUAAAUGAUGGGAACAACUUUUGUGAUCACAACUGUACAGACACGGGAGUUGGAUAUGUGUGUUUGUGUAUGCCUGGAUUCACUCUACAAAGUAACGGCUAUUCUUGUGUGGACGAUGACUCAAGUGCGGUCGUCGGGGAGCAGGGCAGAACCGGUGUGAAAGGUGAAAGAGGACUACAGGGACAAAUGGGUCAACAGGGUAUUGCCGGAACAACGGGACCAACGGGUCCACAGGGUUCAACUGGUGUACAAGGAACUCAAGGGGCUACAGGGUUGGCGGGUUCAGUGGGUCCCAAGGGCUCCACAGGAGCCAACGGAACACAGGGAGAUGUCGGAGACCAAGGGGCGAAUGGGGAGAAAGGGUCCGUCGGUCCCGUUGGAUUUACCGGCCCAAUCGGUCCGAUUGGACUUGUCGGAGCCACAGGCUUACCGGGCAUAAAUGGACUAAAUGGCGUCGCAGGUCAAAAGGGCGAAAGGGGCGAUACAGGUGCGACUGGUCAGUCCGGAAGUAACGGCGGACAAGGUAUCCAGGGUGCUGAAGGGAAGACGGGAGAGACUGGACCAAUGGGAAAUACAGGCCCCAAGGGAGAUCAAGGAUUCAUGGGCAUGGUGGGUCUCACUGGUCCCAUGGGAGCCACCGGACAACAGGGACCUAUAUAUCAAGAAACAGACGAAUGUCAGACAAACCACAUGUGUGAACAGAACUGUGUGAACACUAUCGGGGGCUACUACUGCACCUGCAAUGCUGGUUAUACUCUCAGGGCUGCAGACAACAUGACGUGUGCCGAGUCGCAGGAGUGUCUUGUACAGAACGGCAACUGUCAGCAAACAUGUACAGAGAGAACCGGCGGGUACGUGUGCAGCUGUAUCGGUGGUUACGACCUGGGUCCAGACAGGCAUUCAUGUAUAGACCGAAAUGAGUGUUCUAACUCUACACUGGGAGGCUGUAUCUCCAAUGAGAUGUGUGUAAACACCCCCGGAAGUAGUAUGUGUGUACCCUCUUCCCCGGAUACCGCGGCCGUUUUGGCCUGCUCAAAAGCGGAGUCCCUGAGGGUAAAUGAAUGUCAAUACAGUAAUGGACUGGUCAGCGGCAAUACUGUCAUAGGGUUUAUUGUGUGGCUGAUCUUGCUGACCAUCCUUGUCCUGGGAAUCCUGGGUUGUGUCCUGUGUAUAAACAACAACAGAAGGAGAUAUAGUAAGGGUUACGACAGGAGAUCCGACUACUGGGAGGACAAGUCGGGAACCGCCCCUACACGGUUCAGUAGCAUCCGGACCAGGUUACCGGAAUCUAACUAUACGUACUACUGAACAGUGCUAUUUAACAGUGUAUGUACUUUUUAUUAACAGAGGUUUUUAAGUUCACUAGAAGUCAUACAAAGUGGUUAUUUUCAUAUUUUGUAUAUGAUCUGGGAGGAAGUAUACGUAGUAUGUAUACUAUUUAAGCUAAUCGUGCAAAGAUGAUUAACAAAAGAAGUCCUGCUCACGGGGCCGGUCAAUGAUGUAGGUGUAUUUUAUAUCAAAUAGAUAUAUUUCUGUUUUUAAGGUAGAAAGGAAAAGCCACUCUAUACGUCCAAUAUCGGACAUGGAAUAGCAAAUACCCAAAGAAUUAAAUGAUUUCUUUUUUGCGCUGAAAAUAACUAUACAUAUUUAUCACAUACCUGUUGAAUCUUGUUAUAGUAAUA